AUGAGUCGCUGGGCCGACAGGCAGGCAGUCCUUGGGGUUCAAGGGUGCUCGGGCGGCGCGUCUUCCAAGUCAACGACGUGCGUCCGGAACGCCGACUUCGAUCUCGGCCUCGAAGAAAUUGUCUACUCCAUCAUACCCUGCUCGAUAGCCAUCCUCUGGGGCCUUCACCGGUGCAGACAGUUGUGGAAACGACCAGUGGUGGCCCAGGGAUCGAUUCUCUUCACUCGCUACUUGGUCGGCUGUAUCGUUCUGUGCGCCAUUCUGUUGCUCACCCUGCCAUCCUCACUCGCCAUCGCACCGAUUUCCGCCAUCCUUAUUUCCGGGUUCUUCGGGUGCUGCCAGCCCAGGAGACAAUCAGCAUCACCUCAAGGAUCACAUCUUUUGACCCGAAAAUUAGUUCUCUGGCAUGCCCUCCCCGCGUUCCAGGUUGCCGGCUUGGAAUCCUUGAUCUGGACUGCUGUCGCCGGCGUCCCACACCAUGAUUUGGGUAUCAGCAUCGCAUCAUGGGCCGUGUCGGUCAUUUCCAGCCUUCUACUCCUCUUGGUUUCAAAGCUGGAGCACAGCAGGUCGUUGGCCCCAUCCGCCCUGCUGCAGACAUUCCUCCUUCUUACAGUCGUGCUGGACGCGACUCGCAUCAGAAGCGUCUGGUUUGCUGGAGGUCUUUAUCACGAGUCACAGCUGGUGUUCAUCCAGCUGUUUAUCAAGAUCUUUCUGUUGUUCACAGAGUCAAGGUCAAAGGCUGCAGUCAUCUCCAUCCCAGCGCGGCAGGUCUCUCGGGAGGAGAUUGCGGGCAUCUUCGGCAAGGGUCUCGCGUUGUGGGUAAACCCACUGUUGUCGCUGGGGUGGAGGAAAGACCUCACGGUCGAUGAUCUUGAGCCAGUCGACGAACCUCUGUCUGUCCUGCGAGCUUUCUGGGCCGACAUCUUCGUCAUCCACAUUCCGCGCCUUGCCAUGGUCGGGUUUGGUCUCGUGCAGCCACUACUUGUGCAGACCACCAUCAAGUAUAUUCAGAACCAUGGAGACAAACCUGUCAGCUGUGGCCAAUGGCUCAUUGCCGCCUUUGCUAUGACCUAUCUCGGAGUCUCUAUAUCUACUCAAUGGUAUGGCCAGCUCAACAACCGGCUCAUCACCCGCAUCAGAGGUGCUCUCAUCGCAAUCAUCUACCAGAACAUGCUAUCUCUUCGAGCAGAGACAGACAACUCCCAGGCUGCCGUCUCGUUGAUGAGCACGGAGGUGGAGCGCAUCACCGUAGCCGCUCAAUGGUCGUUUUCCAUCGUCCCAAAUCUGAUCCAGUUGGGUUUCGCGCUGUGGAUUCUGAGCAGCCAGCUCGGCGGCGUCAGCGUCGCUCCUGUAGUUAUCGCAAUCCGUAAGCCACCGCCCGGAAUGAAACAUAGCCUUCUUCGCUGGGACCAACAAGCUAAUGAAUACAUGUCAGUCUGUGUGUCUGUCGGGGUGAGGGUCGGCCAAUUGGUUCCUCCACGCCAACGCAGAUGGAUGGAGGCGAUCCAGAAACGAGUCGGCAUCACCACCGAAAUCAUCGGCUCGGUGAAGGGCGUCAAGAUGAGCGGCCUGUCUGCCGCGGUCCAGGAUCAGAUUCAAGGCCUGCGGGACUUUGAGCUCGACGAGUCCAAGAAGUUUAGGAGGAUGCAGAUUAUCAAUGUUCUCGUUGCCUUCGCGAUCGUCCAGAAGCUGUCUAAUGGGGAGCCUCUGAACGUGGUCCAGGCCUUUACCUCCCUUAGCCUCCUCGGCAUCUUGAUCAACCCCGUCUCCGAGCUCGUCAUGAUCCCGCACAACUUAGGAUCUGUAAUUGGGUGUCUGGAUAGAAUCCAGGAGUUUAUGGUGAAGGAGAAGCGGAACGAUUACCGCCAGAUCAAAUUCGUGACUUCUCAAAACCCCGUGCAUGAAAACGGGAUAUCGGAGCCCCUAGCAGAGUCGCGGCCUUUGAUCAAGGUAUCGGAAGGAUCUUUCGGUUGGCAUAGCACUCAGCCAAUCCUGCAUGACUUGGACAUCGGGGUCCCUUGUGGGACUCUCACGAUGCUAGUCGGUCCCGUCGGGUCCGGCAAAUCUACCCUGCUCAAGUCCCUUGUAGGCGAGACCUAUCGCAUAUCCGGAACUGUAGAGUACACUACCAGCACAGACGUGGCAUACUGCGACCAAGACCCCUGGAUUCUCAACCAGAGCAUCAAAGACAACAUCUUUGGCGGCGCCGGCUAUGACCCCGUUCUUUACAGCAAGGUCAUCCAGGCCUGUCAGCUAGAUCAGGAUCUCAUUCUCCUGCCUCAGCGCGAUGAGACUGUGGUCGGAAGCUCUGGUGCCGCCCUCAGUGGUGGACAGAAGCAUCGCAUUGUAAGAAGUCUCCCCUGUUGA